GUAGUUGGACCCAUUUCUUCCUCAUUUUGCAAUGCAAGCUCACUUGAGAUACUCAACUUAUCUCACAACAACUUGUCAGGCCACAUCCCAAAGUGCCUUGUUGCUCUCCCAAACCUUACAAGUUUAGAUCUGCAGAUGAAUAAUUUUAUCGGAUCUAUACCAAAUAAUUUUUCGAGGAGCAAUUCUUUGGAAUCUUUGCAUUUGAACAACAAUCAAUUUGAGGGACAGUUGCCUUUGUCUUUGACCCAUUGCAAGCAAUUACAAAUUUUAGAUGUGGGAGCAAACAAGAUCAAUGACAAAUUUCCUAAUUGGCUUGAAGGCUUACCGAAGCUACAGGUACUCAUUUUAAGAAAUAAUGAGUUCUAUGGUGCCAUUCAUAGUUCCAACACCAAACAUCCUUUUCCCAUGUUGAAAAUUUUUGAUGUUUCCAACAACCAUUUUAGAGGGUCUUUGCCAACAACAUACAUAAAGCAAUUUAAAGGAAUGAUGAAUGUUGACUUUGUUUCAGCCAUGCCAAAUUACUUGGAAAACCGUUAUGGUGGUUAUCAAGAAUCAGUGAUGGUCACAUUAAAAGGUGUUGAUUUGGAGUUGGUAAAGAUCAUAACUACAUUCACGUCCAUUGAUUUGUCAAAAAACAUGUUUGAGGGAGAGAUUCCACAUGUUAUUGGUCAGCUGCAUUCACUUAAGGGGCUUAAUCUCUCCCAUAAUAAAAUCACCGGCCCUAUUCCUCAAUCCAUUGCAAACUUGACAAACCUAGAAUCGUUGGAUUUAUCAUCAAACUUGCUUAAAGGUGAGAUUCCUCUUGCACUAACAGAUCUCAAUUUUCUUGAAGUUUUGAAUCUUUCACAAAAUCAGCUUAUCGGAGAAAUACCAAGAGGUAAGCAGUUUGAUACAUUUUCACAAGAUUCUUUUGAGGGAAAUUUAGGACUGUGUGGAUUUCAAUUAUCAAAAGCAUGUAAUCAUGAUGAAGGGAAAUUGCCACAACCAACUUCAUCAAGUAAUGACAACUUUGGAUUUGGGUGGAAAUCAGUGGCUUUGGGAUAUGGAUGUGGGAUGGUGUUUGGAAUAUUCAUGGGUCAAGUUAUUUUUUUAACUGGAAAACCCAAGGGGCUUGUCAGAAUUUUUCAAGCUAGCCCUAAGAAACAAGCAAAAAGGACAAGGAAAAGAGCCCAUCAGAAUCAAAGAAGAGUGAAUUAGGCACAAAAUAUGGCUUCAU